UGACUCAGCAUAACGAUAAAGCCUGUGGGUCCGCUAGCGGUUAUUAAGGGUCGUGAAGAAAAUCAAACUGAUCCAUCUCGCAAGAAGUCAUCCGUGCCACAACAACGCCACACUUGUGCUGAUGGAAGGCAUCAGUGCGAAAAGAAGGCAAAUUAGAGAAGAUGGAUUUUGUUCUUCUUUUUCUACGCCUUUUGUUUCUUCUAAGAUUGCCAGCUCUCGAGAGAAGCUCAAAGCGAUAAGGUGACACUGUCGUGGUGCCGAGAGAAGUGCCGCAGCAACCCAGCGUGUGUUUACUUUGUUCUCAAAGUUACGAUGAUAAGACAUUUUUCAUGUGAGGAGCGGGCUACGAUGAUAAGAUAAAGAUACUUUUAAUUUACUUCAGUUUUAGUGACCAUGACCAUUUUCAUUAACUUUAGUUACCAUAAUUACCAUUUAGUUACCAUGAUUACCAUUACCAGUUUCCAUGGACGAUUAUUGGAGCAGUUGCACGUAGCAGCUGUGCGAUCGUUUGCACUGUUCUCUCUGCUUCAAAACAUAUUUUUUGUGGUAAGUUCUCCAAGUAGAAGAUAGCACAUUCAACUUUAAGCUGCAUAAUUGUUAAGUUCUCCGCUUCGAAGCUCAUUCAAUGGGAUAAGUAAUUCAAUUUCAAUUUGAAAAACUUCUGAGGGAAGAAAUAGCAAUUAUACGUUAUUCAAAAAUUGAACUUGGGACGCGACUUUCGAAAUUUUUCACGCGACUAGUAGUCUAAGAACAAGGGCACUGCCUGCUGGCAUUGUUCGGGAUUGCCUGGCGACGCCGUAGCUGUAUGGUCAACAUUUUGCGUCCAGCUUUCUCAGCAUUUCGAUCCCCUACCUUUGACGGGACAUGAUAAGAGACAACUCAAUACAUUGUAGCUGUACUGCAUUGCAUUCGUAUUCUAUUGUAGGAGCUAUUGAUAUUGUAUUGGCUAUUGAACUGAGCGAAUGCAAGAAAUUGAUAUAUAUAUAUAUAUUAUAUGCACCUUCUAAUAGAACCUGACGAUCAUGGAUACGCAAUGGUGCAUGGGAAAAUCGAUCAGCUUUGCAAGGUCGACGCGGGUACGCACUUUGUGGGAAAUAAGAUCGACCUUAGCCACGCGGAUCACAUGGAAAUCGG